UAUGCACUUACCCGCUCUUGUCUAUGCUUGUUCAAUUAUUUACCUGGCUACGUACUUCUGUCCCUGUCAACUCUCAUCACACUGAAUUCCAAUAUGAAACAUCAGCAGCUGCAAAUCUUAAAUCAUGUUCUUUGUGGUAGCAAGAAACUUAUAAAGAAACCCAACUAACUCACCAUUUCUUCUUACUCUCUGAAAAAUCAAGGAAAAACAGACACAGAGAAAGAGAGAUAAUCCAGUCACAGCCAUGAGUAGUGCAGGAAGCUGGGACCAAUCGAUGCUGCUGCUGCUGCUACUUUUUCUCAUAAACCUUGUAGGCUUCACCAUAGCCCAAGACCAAAAUCCCUAUCAAUGUUUGAACAACGGGAAUUACACAAGUAACAGCACAUACAGCGCAAAUCUUAACUCCCUGCUCUCUUCUCUCGCCUCAAACAUCAACGACACCGGAUUCUACAGUGCAUCCGUGGGCCGAAAUACAGACACUGCCAACGCUGUUGUCCUCUGCAGAGGCGAUCAAACCCUUGAUCAGUGCAGGACUUGUGUCCAAAACGCAGCCGUUGGUCUCGUCCAGUUGUGCCCCAAUCGAAGACAGGCGAUUGUAUGGUAUGAGUUAUGUACGUUGCGGUACUCAAACGAGCCCUUGUACGGAAUUCAAACCAAUGAUCCGGGGAUUAUCUUGAGAAAUAGUUUUAGUGUACUUAAUGCCGACCCAUUUAGAGAAGAUCGGAGAACCCUUCUGAAUGAUCUUCGGGACCGUGCGGCCAACGGGAGCUCUGUGCGGAAAGUUGGUGCAGGAUUUAGGAAUACAUCUAAUUCUCUGACAAUCUACGGCCUGCUGCAGUGUACUCCGGAUUUGUCAGCCGAGAAUUGUGAUAAUUGCUUGAUCCGAGCUUCCCAAGUCGAAAGUUGCUGUGAUUCUGCUAGAGGAGUGAGAAUCCUCCUACCCAGCUGCAAUCUUCGUUACGAGGUUUAUCCAUUCUACAAUGAAACUAGGCUGAGGGAACUCCAAUUACUAGCGCCACCGCCACCGCCACCACCACCGUCCACACCUUCAUCGCCCACACCUUCACCACCAGGAAAAAAAGAUGAUAACACUACUCGAAAUAUUAUCAUCAUCGUCGUUGCAACUGCUCUGUUUCUACUGGUUUGUGUUUGUGCUGCCAUCUACCUGUGGAGAAGGAUAAAGCUGAAGCCACAGGAGGCUACUGAUGAGAUCAGCAAUGUUGAAUCCCUGCAAUUCGAUUUUGGCAAAAUUAGGGAUGCCACAAAUGAUUUCUCUGAUGCUAACAAGUUGGGGCAAGGUGGAUUUGGAGCUGUUUAUUGGGGGAGACUUCAAAACGGUCAAGAAAUAGCAGUCAAAAGGUUGUCCAGAGAAUCAGGACAAGGCAAUGUAGAAUUCAAGAAUGAGGUCUUGUUAGUGGCCAAGCUUCAACAUAGGAAUCUGGUUAGACUCUUGGGCUUCUCCACAGAAGGGACUGAGAGACUUCUAAUAUAUGAAUUCGUUGAGAAUGCGAGCCUAGACCAGUUCAUAUUCGACCCAAUCAAACGGUCAGACUUGGAUUGGGAUAGACGCUACAAGAUCAUAGCCGGUAUUGCGAGGGGACUUGUGUACUUGCACGAAGAUUCUCGACUCAGGAUCAUUCAUCGUGAUCUCAAAGCCAGCAAUGUACUUUUAGAUGGAGAGAUGAACCCAAAAAUUGCGGACUUUGGCAUGGCAAGAUUAGUCGGACAGGACGAAACCCAACGAAAUACCAGCAAGAUUGUUGGAACCUAUGGAUAUAUGUCACCUGAAUAUGCAAUGCACGGCCAGUUUUCCGUUAAAUCAGAUGUCUUUAGCUUCGGAGUGUUGGUCCUGGAGAUCAUUAGUGGUCAGAGAAAUAAUUGCUUCCAAAAUGGGGAGAGCACGGAGGACCUCCUGAGUUUUACAUGGAAAAAUUGGCGCGAUGGAACAGCUGCAAAUGUGAUAGAUCCUGUUCUGAGGGCUGAUACGGGUUCCCGACAAGACAUGUUGAGAUGCAUUCACAUCGGCUUGCUGUGUGUUCAAGAAAAUGGAGCAAACAGACCAACAAUGCCUUCAGUUGUUCUGAUGCUAAAUAGCACCACCAUAACUCUGCAAGUACCUUCAGAGCCCCCGUUUCUUAUGUCUACUCAUUUUGGUCCAGACAUUUCACGAUUUCAGAACUAUGAUUCAAACUCCAGCAAAGCAUCAAGGUUGAAGGCAGGCAUAUCCGAAGGUUCAUCGCAAAAUGAGGUGUCGGUCACUGAUUUAUAUCCGCGGUAAUCUGCAAGAAUCGCACAUCCAUCACCAUAAGAUGUGUGCACUCCAGUGGUGCUUGGUUUAGAAGUUGGGCACGUAGAUUGUGCACUUUUUGCCCGAGGUGUUUUAUUUCGUCUACAGAAAUAAAGCUUUUAGGACACUUUCAUUAAUAGAGUUAGAAGCAUAUCAUAUGUAUCCAACAUUGUAUCAGAAGGAUAUAUGUAAGAAAAUUUAGAUGCUAUAUAUAAUAUACAUGUAUUUUCAACAA